AUGGACAUGAAGAACUUCAUCAUGGAUCGCUUGAUUGAUGAGUUUGAGCUCCGGGAAACCGGUCGGUUUAGGGCGGUGAUGAAUGCGGACGACGUGCUUGACAUCCUUCACCACCAUUGGGUCCUUAGCGAUGAAUAUUAUCCAGAGGAGCGGCAGCGGGUUCAGCACGCGGCUUUGAAUCUUUUCUGCGCAUCGACCACGUCGCGUGCCGGUACCAUCGUUGAGUCCACCGGAUACCUUGAGCAAAAUGAGGCUGCUGAACCCCUGAUCAAACUUCGGGAGCGUCAGGACGUUCCAAGCUUGUGUUCCCUCAAAGUUAUAUGCGGAUUGGCACUCAAGGACAAAGCCUUUGCGAGCAAGUGGAUCCGCGAGCCUGAGGAUAUUUAUAAGAUCCAUAUUCCUGAUCGACUCGCGUCUGUGCCUAUCGAGUGGGCUGCAGAGUGGCAAAGAGUCCCAGUGCUGCGUCGGUCCGUCCGGGACACGCAGGGGAAGAUCCACACUUCACCUCUCCUGGCCGCACAAUACACUCAGAUGGCGACUUGGAAUCGACGCCUGGGUAGAUCUUUUAGUAUGAAGAAAAGUUUUGAAUUUAAGAUGCUUCGUCGCGGUGCGGCAGAGGUACUUCUAGAGGGAGUACGGAACCAGGUCAUGGGACAUGUUAACGGGUCAAUCUAUCAACGAAGCUAUCGAAACCAGGUCGCUGAUGCCGACAUUGUAUCUGCCUUCAUUGGGGCGCCUUCCGAUGCGGCGAUCAUGAAAUUAAUGGGCCACGUGUCCCUUUCUGCAGAUCCUGUUGCUGCUGCCAGACCUACAUCUACGCAGCGUCUCCAGGCACAAGAUGACGUUGAGGUUGUUAUAGCAAAACAGCUCCUUGAUAAUAGCACGAAGACGAUCCAAGAUCGUUAUGGCUCAGUCGCGACUGCAAGAAAAAAGGCCAAGCAAGAUUCGAUGGUAAAAACAGAGCUUGAGGGCUGUACUCGGCUAGAAAAAGGCUUUAGGAGUCUCCUGAAGCGAAAGGUAGAUGAGCUAUUUGAGCUUUCACGGCGGCAAUAUUUUGAAACCCUUGGAGCACGGUGUCUCCAGAACCAACAUACUGGCCAAGAGGAGCCUACCGGCCCUUCCAUAUCAGAAUUCCGCUUCAGGGAACGCGAAGGACUGGCGAGAUUACUGUUUCCUUCAGCUACAUCGAUGCCUAAAUCUCGUCAACAACAAAACGAUGAUACCGAGAUCAUCCGACUCUAUGCAUCUCUAUGUGGCCGCCGUGAGUAUCCACGGCCACGGCGUCAACCGGAACACGCUGAUCGAGAUGCGCUUAAUGCGGUUGGCUUGGACGGUGCCGCUGAAAGCACACCCUGCCUCCUAGACACUGAUCCUGAUGUCUAUCCCAUCCGUUGUCCUGGAACCCAGUGUCUAUUCUGUUUAGGAGAUGCUAGUCUGGCAACGGAGAUCAGAACCCGGUGCUUCGCGAGUCCAUGGUCGCUGGCUCGGCAUGUGCAGCUGCAGCAUCUUCGGUACCUUCCUCAAGGAGAGCCGUUCACCUAUACUCAGCAAGAAAAGCUUGCUCAUCUUCAGGCUGUCAGCGCUCGCGCUAUCCAACAGCUCGUUAUAAACCUCAAAAAAUCCACUAGCCUCCUAUCAAAAAUGACCGGAAAAGCGAUCGGCAAAAGCGGCGUAAUGAAGCCUCAAGAUGGAUUCAUAGACAUCGACCUCGGUGACAAUUCUCCUUGUCUCUACUCUGUAGCUAUUGUCGCAUACCUUGUCGGAGAAAGUGGGAGGGACGUUGUGUUCGAAUCUUAUCAUGAAUCGGACUCGGAUGUCUACGUAGUGAAAUUCAAGGACCUGGAUGAAUACAAACGCAUGGUCAUCUCUGCAUGUGUGGAAGGACAGAUUACUGAUCGAGAGCUUGAGAAUUUGUGA